CGGGUAGGGUUGUGAGGUAACUGAGCUCACCAAACUUCUUAGACCUUCGCGCUCCCUCUCCUCUUUCCUUCCAUCCUACUCCAAUCCAUUCCAUAAUGCCCCUCAAUAUCCUCAUCAGCGGCGGCGGAUGCGCUGGUCCCACCCUCGCCUUCUUCCUUGCCCGCACUAACCACCACAUUACAAUCAUCGAACGCUAUCCCGCCCUCCGCGCCACCGGAGCUCAAAUCGACAUUCGAGCGCAAGGCAUCCAAGUCCUGCGCCGCAUGGGUCUCCUCUCCACCAUCCGUUCCCACCUGGUUGACGAAGCCGGUGUCGCGAUGGUGGAUGCGGGGGGUAAUGUCAAAGCCACAUUUUUAGCGAAUAAGAGCGGGAAGGGUGCACAGAGUCUGACAUCCGAAUAUGAGAUUAUGAGGGGGGAUUUUGUGAGGGUUAUGUAUGAGGCGACGAGGGGGUAUGAGAAUGUGCAGUAUGUGUUUGGGAAGGCAGUGGAGGGGUUUGAACAAGAUGAGGAUGGAGUGAUGGUGAAGUUUUCGGAUGGAAAGAUAAAGAGGUUUGAUGUUUUGGUUGGGGCUGAUGGGCAGGGCUCGCGGAUCAGGAGGGCGAUUUUGGCGGAUGGGGAUAGAGAUGGGGGACAGGAUCCGAUCAAACGGUUGGGAUUGUAUAUGGCCUAUUGGUUCGUUCGUCGCGCAGAAAUCGACAAUAAUAUCCGGAAGCGUAUUUUAGUCUUAAAGUCAACGCAGAUGCGGAUUCUGAAGAAUUGCGGAGUUUGCCUAGAGCGACGAUCGAAACGCAAAAGGCGUUUUGGACCCAGAAGUUCCGCGGAGGGGGGGUGGGAGACAGACAGGUUGAUCGAGGGAAUGCAGACGACAGAGAAUUUUUAUUGUCAAGAAGUCGUUCAGAUUCGCACGGAUACGUGGUCGAGAGGUCGCGUCGUGCUGCUCGCCGAUGCGGCGCAUUGUCCCUCGCCGAUCACGGGCAUGGGGACUACGAGUGCGUUGGUGGGCGCGUAUGUGUUGGCUGGCGAGAUCAACAGACACCCUGAGGACCUGCAGAAGGCGUUUGAGAAUUAUGAUGCUGUGCUCCGGCCGUUUGUUGAGGAGAUACAGAAGUUUAAUCCUGCGUUGUUGAGGCUUGGGUAUCCGGAGACUUGGUUUGGGAUUACGAUGUUGCAUUUCGUUGCGGCCGUGCUGGAGUUUUUGAGGAUCCCGCAGCUUGUUACGAGGUUUUCGAGGGAGGAAAAGGGCGGGUGGAGACUGCCCGAGUAUCCCGAACUUAAGCUAGACAAGGAGAUUUGAGGUGAAGAAGGGUGUUGUGGCCGGCGUUUGUGUCUGUCCAAGUCAAGAUCAAUCUGAGAGACGUGGGGUGCUGGCUCACUUUGGACGACAUAUGAAUAUAGUCGGCCCAAUGAAGCGAAGCGUAGAUAUAACAGCUGGUAUAGAGCGCAAGCGCAUCGGGGUCCCUGAAAGAACGGCCCAGUAAAGCGUUGAAUGGAAGGGUAUGGGCGAAGAGAAUGUGUCCAGUAGCCAUGGGUGAUUGAGGGCGUCUUUCGCAGAGCUACAGCUGUUGUUCAGCAUAAUUUCAAGGGAUAUGAGUAGCGAAGACUGUACACGAGCUACUUAGUCCAUUCUACUCAAUAUCAGCAUACUCAUCUAUGCUUAAUUU